AUGACGACAUUCUCGGUGCAGUGUGCAUGUUGUGUGUUCAGAGCCAAGGCUGCAGUGAAGUCAAAUGAUGCAACACAAGACACAGAGGAAAGCCAAAGUCCUUCUGUGCAAGGAGUUUAUGGUACUGUUGGGAUCCAUUUCGUAUUGCUGUUCAGUCGACAAGGGAAAUUAAGGCUGCAGAAAUGGUAUACCACACUCCCUGAUAAAGAGAGAAAAAAGAUCACCCAAGAAAUUGUACAGAUGAUUCUGUCUCGUGGUCAAAAGACAGGCAGUUUUGCUGAUUGGAAGGACCUAAAACUUGCUUAUAAAAGAUAUGCUAGCUUAUGUUUAUGUUGUGUGGUAGAAAAUCAGGACAUUGAAUUGUUGACGCUAAAGAUUGUACAUUGUUAUGUGGAAUUACUAGACAAGCAUUUUGGAAAUAUCUGUGAGCUGGAUAUUAUAUUUAAUUUUGAAAAGGCCUAUUUUACCCUUGAUGAGUUUAUAAUUGGUGGAGAAAUCCAGGAAAUCUCAAAGAAAACUGCUGUCAAGGCUAUAGAAGACUCUGAUAUGUUACAGGAGACAAUGGAAGAAUACAUGAGCAAGCCUGCAUUUUAACUGAAAAAUCUACUUGACAAC